ACGGCACAUUUCACCAAAAAAUCGGGUGGUGAUUUGUCAAAUGACGAUGAGAAUCAGGAAGACGAAUCACUGACUGUUGAAUACAAGGCAUCACGAUCUACGGAUUCAAGAAUUACCCGUGAGCAUUGUGCCUUAGCGUCUCUGGAAAUCGACACGGACGUGAACCAGGAUGCUCAAGCUAUUUUUGAGAAGGCGCAACAAGUAAACAAGGAACUUGAUUCCACAAAAAGUAACGUCUAUCGGGGAAUGAACAACUACAAACAAUAUAUUGAAAAAAAGGACACUGUAAUGGGAAAUGCGUCAUCUGGAUUUAAUCGCAAAGGCCCGAUGCGUGCCCCCUCUAAUUUACGAGCUACUGUUCGAUGGGAUUAUCAGCCUGACAUUUGUAAAGACUACAAGGAAACUGGAUUUUGUAGUUUUGGAGACAGUUGUAAAUUUUUGCACGACCGUUCAGACUACAAGCACGGCUGGCAGAUCGAUCAGGAGUUGGCAGAAGGGACUUACGGGAUCGAUGGGACAGAUAACCGCUACGAAAUUGUGCACAAUUCCUCUGAAGACGAACCAGAUGAGGAUAUUCCACCAUUCUGCCUCAUUUGUCGCAAGGAAUACAAAGAUCCCGUUAUUACCAAGUGUAGGCACUACUUUUGUGGUGAGUGUGCUCUAAAGCGAUACAAGAAGACCGCGAGGUGUUUCGCGUGUACGGCAGACACGCGCGGAUUUUUCAAGUUCGCCAAGGAUUUAUUCUCUCGACUGGAAGCAAUACAACAGAAACGCAAACGACCGAAAGAUGAGUUCAGCGACGAUGAACAUGAUCACAAGGCAGCUAAUAGUGAUCAGCCCAUAUUACAUGCUUACGCUUCCGAUGGGAAAUCACACUCAGAUAAUGAAUCUCCCUCUCCCGGUCAUGAUGGCGAUCCUCUCCAAAAUCAGGGAGAGAAUGCGAAAGUUAAGCUACCUAUCCCGGCGGAACCCAAAUGGGCCCAGCCGGAGGCGCUUGAAUAUUGUAACUCCAGUGAAGAAAUAAUGGAAGAUCUGUACAAAAUUGUGGGCUGUCCUGUCACAGCUAGUACGGAGGAAAUUAAGACUCGUGUCAAAGCAGCCCGCCUACAAUAUCAUCCCGAUCGAUCUGGUGGAGGUAUAUUCAGUAGAGAAAGAUUUAUUGCGAUCGAGAAAGCUUGGUCCGUUCUCCAAUCCCCAGAGCUUCGUCAUCGAUACGAUAGUGCACGUACGCAAAUCCGUCUAAUGGAAGAUUCAGCCAAUGCACCGGUUCAAGCUGAACUUAGCCUGAAUGAAUUCAUACGCACAUUUUGGCGAUAUGGUUCCGCCGAUUGGUGCAGCUUUCGUACCUUUCUGGCUUCCUACCCCUGGAAUGAAUGUUGCUUUUCCACCGAUGUCUCCAUUUCCGCUUCCAAUUUCUCCAAAAUCCUUUUGCAAGGCAUGCACUUAUUUAUUCCUCAUUUCUCCAAACCCGGCAAGCCUAUUUCUCCAGAAUGGUUCAACCACGCCUGUUGCCGUGCUGUUCGUAAGAAGAAAUCAGCGUUCCGCCGCUGGCGUCGGUCACCUUCCCCCAACUCCCGCCGAUGGUUCUUGUUAGCACGUAACAAAUGUUCAACCAUCAUACAGAAAGCUAAAGAGCACUUUAUUGAGCGCAAAGCAGCACAACUGGCGACCGCUCCUUCCGGAGGCCGGACGUUCUGGUCACUCGCUAAAGCAGUCUCCCGUAACUUCUGUUCCACCAACUUUCCACCCAUUGUUAAACCAUCCGGUGAUUUAGCAUCCGACCCGUUAGAAAAAGCAGAAGUGUUUGCUUCCCAUUUUGCUUCCAAUUCUACCCUUCUCGAAUCACCCAUCCAACCUCACACCCACCCAACGNCCAAACCCGGCAAGCCUAUUUCUCCAGAAUGGUUCAACCACGCCUGUUGCCGUGCUUUUCGUAAGAAGAAAUCAGCGUUCCGCCGCUGGCAUCGAUCACCUUCCCCCAACUCCCGCCGAUGGUUCUUAUUAGCACGUAACAAAUGUUCAACCAUCAUACAGAAAGCUAAAGAACACUUUAUUGAGCGCAAAGCAGCACAACUGGCGACCGCUCCUUCCGGAGGCCGGACGUUCUGGUUUCAUGUCCUCGGCGGUUUUCUGGCUAUGGAACGCAUUCAGGAGGUUGGUCACCCACCCUACAGUCCAGACCUGGCACCAAGUGACUUUUUUGUGUUGCCAAAUGUCAGUCGCAUGAUGCGUGGAAUGCGAUACCAGUCACCAACAGCUGCGAUGGAGGCCUUCAUUAAACUGGUCGUAGGGUUACUGCUUCGGCAUGAUCGGGCUGUUUCACCAAGUGAUUUGAGCGCAUAG